AUGAAUGAGGCCCACGACACAGACAUAGAGGGACAGGAGAUCUUGUUUCCAAAUGGCGGAUGGGAUGUACAUCAUCAUAUCUUCGAGCCUUCCAGGUUUCCCUACUCUCUUGACAGGCAUCUCACGCCGCCGCCGGCAUCAGUCAAGCAAUAUACAGAAUGGAAAUCAGAUCUAGGCCUUAGUCACUCAGUCCUUACUCACGGACUGUCAUAUGGAAAUGACUGCACAUCCCUCCAAUCAUUCGUGCCAGAGUUGGGCAAAAGCUGCACUAUGGCAAUCGGCGUAAUAGACCCAACGAAGGUAACGCCCGUUGAACUCCGACAGAUGAGAGAAGCCGCAAUUCGUGGCAUUCGGGUUAAUAUUUACAAGUACAACGCCAUGCACGACGUCGAGCGCCAGAAAGUGGCGUUGAGAGAGCAUGCUGCAGUCUUGAAACGCCAUUGUCCUGGUUGGAGCAUGGCUUUCACCCAUACACAUCCGGAAUUCUGGGGCGAAUUAGCGCCAGCCGUGGAGGAAAUCGUUGCAAGCGGUAUCCCCAUCGUCACCGACCACUUUGCUCUCCUUAAGGCUGCUAGCACAUUCCCAGAGGAGUACAGGGGCGAUAUAACUUCACAGCCUGGAUUCUCUGAUAUCGUAUCGCUUGUGCGGUCUAGUGCUCUGUACGUCAAGAUCAGCGCACCGUAUCGAAUCAGCAACCUGGCGCCCGACUACACAGACGUGCGUCCUUUGGUCACAGCACUAGUAGAAGCGAAUCCGCAGCAGAUACUAUGGGGUAGUGACUGGCCGCACACGCCGAGGAUGACGGUCAGGUCAAGAGAAGAAGCGCUUCGGGAAACUUCUUACUUAAAGGUUGAUGACCGGGCAUGGCUGAGACAGCUAAAGAGCUGGCUAACAGAGGAGCAGUGGGACUUGAUCAUGGUGAAGAACCCGCAGAGGCUUUACGGUGGGCAGUAG